ACGCGUUUGCUUUGCCCGGGUUCCCCCAUCCGUGCCCGGGGGACCCCGAUGAAGCUCUGAGGUCGCUCAACACUUGCUAAUCGCGCGGGGAUGAAGGGCACAACCGCGGCAGGCGCUGGGAGCCGUUAGGUGCCGGAGCUGCGCCUCACGAAGUGGUAGUUUUUUACCCCGCUGCCCAGGCGCUGAGCCCGGCAGCUUGCCCAGAAGUGUAGCUUUUUGGGGGGGCGAGAACCUUUACCCCCUUGAAGUACCCCCCAGAUAGGCUGCAUGCGAUUUUUUUGCGUGUUAUAAAAAUACAUGAACAUUUACAAUUACCUCAUUUCCUCAUUCUCAAUAAUACUCCUCACAUAAUUUCUUUAACAAAUCUUGUUCAGAAACUUACCAAAAUGCUGAACUUUUUUCCUAAAAAAGGGGUUUUCAUACAAAUUUGAUAACGGUUUCAAAAAAAUUGCAAUAAAAUUAUGGGAAAUGUUAUUCACCUUCAAGAUCAAUAUAGUUUGUGCUAAUUCCACGUAACAAACAUUCACUGCACUUUAGUCCCACUGUAGCUGCCUCUGGAUAGUUCAUGGCAGCUGGAGCCAAAGUAUUAGGCAUCCAAGGGGCAGGCGGCUGGGAAGGAGCGCAGCAGUGCUUGCCAUCACUCUCUGCGGGUUUAAAAGGUCAUUUUGCCUUCCAGAGGGGAGGAGGGGACAAAAUUCACUCUGCUUGCUGGCCCUUUCGUUUGCAUUUCUUCUGUAUUAAAAAAAAAAAAUUACCUUGAACUUGUUGCACUAGAACAUUGUGUAAAACACAUUAGUACUUUGGCAAGUAGUGCAGCUGGCCAGGUCCUUCUCUGAGGGAAGUCAAUAUAAUGGCGUAAUUGAUGCAAGUCAGCUCUCUCUGAUAUAAGUCAAUAUAUUCAUGAUAUAAUGAUCCUGGCUUGGCGUAAGGGAAAGUGACUCUUUGGUGGGAAAAAAAUCCCCAAACAUAAAAUAUGCAUAGAAGUUAUUUGAAGCAUGAAUUAGAUUACCUCCCGAGAUCCCUUCCAACCUGAACUAUUCUGUUUCUAUGCUGUCAUUAUUUGUUCAUACAGUAUUUUGCCCGGUGGAGUCCUGGUUCCUAGCUGAAGCUGCUUUUUGCAGGGCAGAGAGAUGUGGCUUAAGCGGGGGAAGUGGAGUGGUAUGUGGGAGAAGAUCAUGUGGUGUGUUACAGCAUAGGGGGUUGCAUUACGCUUAGUCUAGGUUGUUGAAAUGACUUCAGACCUGUUGUCCUCUCCCUGGCAACCCCAAGUCUGCCUGAGCAAUACUGUCAUGCAGUGAUUACAAAUUACAUGAAAAUAGGCACAAGUAAGCUGUGAAGACUUUUUUAGUCAUUUUCAGUGCUUUUUAUGUAUAUUGUCAGGAAGCUUUUCAUAUGGUAUCUCGUUUAUAUUCUUUCGUGCUUUUGAUCUCAAAUUGCUUAACAAUUCGAAGCAGUAGGAGAAUACAGGCUAUAUGAUUCCAUGACUUGGUGGUGGAUUUUUUUGGACUACACCACUUUUACAUUUAGAGUGAUUCUGUGCCACCGAAUAAAUGAAAGUAUUAUUGACUUCAGUGGGAGCUGAGCGUCAGGAUACUAGCAAAGUGACUUGUGCCAGAGCAAUGCCAUAGUUUUACUGAAAGAGCAACACAAGAUGACUAACACUUUGUAUGAAGAAUUGCUUUUCUACAGCAGCUUUAAUUCUGACAUCAGCUUGUCCUGAAGCUGUUUUCUGUAGCUCAGUCAAGAGCAGUUGCACAGUGUGCUUACUUGGUGAGGGCCUAGGUGCCCUCCAGCAUGGUAUGCCAGGUCCUUAGCAGCAGGACCAUGGCCAUGUGGAGCACCUGGAAGGUGACUGAUGGCUAAGAGUUUGUUUGCUCAAGUGAGAAGCCUCCCUGGUGAUGCACUUGAAGGUAUGAUUGAUGAAAGAGUUCGUGAUGGUCAGGGUUUUGAAAGACAGCUAGUCUUGGGGUGGACCUGCUCCAGCAUCUUGCACAUGUAGAUGGAGUAGCUCUCCUUCCUGCUCGUGUCGUGCUUCUUGUAAUCUUUCUUCUGGGUCUUAAUUCACGACUUCUUUGGGGCCUUUUUUGUAGGGUGGGAGGGAACAUGGCCAUCUCAGGUUUUUGAGUAUUGUGCUGUUUCUGACAAGCAGAAGUGGCUAAGGAUUCCUGCUGAUAAAAGUCCCAUUCUAACUCUCAUAGGUUACUCUAAACAUUUUUGGUUGUUUCCUUUGAAGCUGACACCCUGACAUUUCUUUGAUUCAUCACUUAUUUCAAAUUCCCUCAAUGUUGCUGAAGUGGCUAAUGGCCUUUUGUUAUUCCUCACUAGCUGUCAAGAAGAAGCAAAAUUAUACUAGUGUACAUGAGGCAGUGAAAGCCGGUGAUGUAGAACAGCUUGCAUCAAUGAUAAAAAGUGGAGCUGGUAUUAACAAGGUGGAUUUAGUCCACAAAUUCACACCUUUGCACUGUGCUGCACACUCUGGAAGUCUGGAGUGUCUUCACUGGUUGCUCUGGCAUGGAGCUGAUAUAACGCAAGUAACUGUCAGAGGCUGGACAGCAGCUCAUCUUGCAGCUAUCAGAGGUCAGGAUGCUUGCAUGCAAGCUCUGUUAUUAAAUGGAGCAAACCUAGAAGCUCAGGAUGAUCGCGGGUGCACUCCCUCACACUUAGCUGCAGCCCAUGGGCAGUCUUACACUUUGCAAACUAUACUACGAAGUGGAGUGAAUGCAAAUGUUUCAGACAGGAAUGACUGGAAACCUGUUCAUUAUGCUGCUUUUCAUGGUCGCUUGGGGUGUUUGCAGCUUCUUGUUAGAUGGGGAGCAUGUGUAGAUGAUGUGGAUAACAAUGGAAAUCUUCCAGCUCAUCUGGCAGCAAUGGAAGGACACCUGCAUUGCUUUAAGUUCUUGGGCAGUAAAAUGGCCAAUGUCAGGUGCACUCUGAAAGCCAGGAAUGACCAUGGAGAGACUCCAAGGGACUUGGCUGAACGGUUCUAUAAAGACAAUAUUUUGCAAUAUAUUGAUGGUGUGGAAAAACAGGGGGAGCAUCCAGAGACACAGGAAGUUUUAGCUUUCCCAGCCCAUGGUGCUGCUUUCAAAGGGGACUUGAUAACACUUAGAAGAUUAGUGAAAAGUGGAAUAAUCAAUAUUAAUGAACGGGAUGAUACAGGAUCCACUCUCAUGCACAAAGUAAGGGCCUAUCACAAGAUUCAAGAACUUCGGCAACUUCUAGAAAUUGCCUACAGCAACUACAGACAGCUGGGAGGAAUAACUGAGGAAGAAAGAAAGAUGAAAAAAGAAGAAAGGGAAACUGAGAAGGCUGUGAAGGAGCUGGAGGCCCAGCUAGAAUAUGAGCGAGUCAGGCGGGAGAAGCUGGAGAGCCAGUUGGAUGACUACCGCGCUGAGAUAGGCCACCUCAGAAAGAGCCUGGAGAAAACACACCCCCCCCCUGCUCUCCCUCCGGAAACUGAGGCAACAUCUGAUUCUUGCAAAGAGCGAAAGAAAAUAAAGAAGAAGCCAUCCUGCAGCCCUGGAGGGGUGUUUGUGAAACGAUGCUGAGGAAUGAACCUUGUAAGUAGGGCAGGCAGGCUUAGAGAAAGAUGUCGAUGCAGGAAUGCAACUGUGUCCAAAACAGCCCAGCCAGGCUGUAUUAGACAGUCUUGUCUUACUGCACAACAGCCAGACCAGGUUCAUCUUCUAAUCAUCUUCCCAAGCCGUUCCAAACAGAAGACACCAGAGGCAGAAAAGCUGUUACGUAACUGCUAGAAGGUAGAACAGCAAUAUUCAAGACUGUGCAAAGUGUCUGAAUAGCCCCAGUUCUGCAGAUGAGUUGUGGUUAUGUAUCUUUCAAUCUCAGUGAACAGUUUUCCUAGUUCUCUGGGAUAGGAAAUAUUUUUAAAUCACAGAAACAUUUUUUUUUUAAACUGUAAGACUUCUUUUCCUAUCCCAGUAGCUGUUUAGCAACAGCUUUGCAAAUUAUAAACAAUGAUUGAAGAGCUAACUGCAGAGAUGUCAUAGGCCCUACUGGGCCUGAGAAAAGUAUCCCCAUCUGCUAGGCUGUUUUGUACUAGUCUUAAAAACCAGCACCUUACUUCCUAAAAUAGGUCAGAUAGAUAGAUACUGAAUCCUGGUUCUACACUAAGGAUCUGGAGAAGGGUAUCUGCUUGACUGCGGACUGGUGCUAAGCCCUUUGCUUUUCAUGGAGUCGUUCCUAAGUAAGCCAGGAAGGUACUCCUUCACAAUGUACCAUGUGAACUGUACUGCUGGGCCUCCAAGUCUAACUCGGGGCUGAAGGUUUCACCCGGUUAUAGGGCAUGUUAAAGUUAGAAAUCGCAAGCCUGACCUCCAUGCCCAAAAAACUUUUCAUGACUUUACACAUAAUAAAGAUUUUUCUCCCAUCUGCAUGUUAUUGUGAAAUUCCUUUUUCCUGUUGGAACCUUCAUCAUGCAUAAUAUUGUGACAAUUUUGAUUUCAAUAAUAAAAGUCAGGUCAAUGGUAUAAAACUUUAAUAAAGGUUAACUUGCUAAUG